GGAUGCCAUUUGUGUUUGACAUUCUCGUAGGAGGCGGGGCUUGAGAUGGAGAAGCAGAUGAUGAAGACGUGGGUCUGCGGAUAGGACAGCGUCCGCAGCCGGUCGUACUCCUCUUGGCCGGCCGUGUCCCACAGGUUCAGGCUGAUGACUCUACUGUCCACUGUCACCUGAACGCACCACACACACAGUUGUUUCACUUUGGUUUGGAGUCUGCUGGCGUAGAAGAAGUGAGGAGCAAACUGAGUUCUUCUCGCCUGAUCGAUCACACCUGAUCUGAUGAUCCCAAUGGAUUAAAAAGAGGAGACAACAUUGCCCGUACAUGGAGGGUGUGUGUUUGUGGCUGGUGUGUGUGCGCGUCCUGAAUGUCCUGAGUGUCAGCGCUCAUGGCGGACCGGACAAAGGCGAGCACCCCCAUCCGGACCACCAACAUCACCAUUCCAACGCCAACACUAACUCAGAUCUGUGUGUCAUCGACCAGCAGCUCUGUCAGAAUGAGAACGCCUUGCUGAGUUUUGAGGCCAUCUGCAGCAUCCACAAGCUAAUGGACGAUGAUGCGGACGGCGCGGUGGACGCGACCGAGACAGACGAGUUUCUGCGGGAGGAUCUCCAGUAUCACGACCCGAAAGCCAAGCAUAGCAGCUUCCACCGCGUGGACCUGCGCAUCAGCGUGGAGGACAUGUGGGAUGCCUGGAAGAACUCAGAAGUGUACAACUGGACAUGCGAGCAGGUGGAGGAGUGGCUGCAGCUCAGCGUCGAGCUUCCUCAAUACGCAGAAACCUUCCGCCAACACGGCCUGGAUGGCAAGGCAUUACCAAGGCUGGCGGUAAAAAACACCACCUUGACCGUGUCGCUGUUAAAGAUCUUGGACCGGAGUCAUGCCCAGAAGCUGCAGCUGAAGGCUUUAGAUACAGUACUGUUUGGACCACCACCUGGUCUACAAAACCGUUGGAAGGACCUGGUUCUGGGCGUGUCUAUCCUGGCGGCGCUGGGCGGAUGCUGGUUUGCAUACAUCCAGACCAGGAGGUCCCGGGAUGACCUGGGCAAGCUGAUGAAGGACCUGGAGGGUCUCCAGAGGGCUGAGGAGAGUCUGAUGGACCUGCAGGAGAAGCUGCAGAAGGCUCAGGAGGAGCAGCGCUGCGUUCAGGUGGAGAAAGUGAAGGUGGAAGAGGAGCUGAGGAAUGAGAUCAACACCGCCAAGCAGGAAGCUCAGCGUCUCCGAGAGUUGCGAGAGGGCACCGAGAACGAGAGGAGUCGUCAGAAAUAUGCCGAAGAGGAACUGGAGCAGGUGAGGACGGCACUAAAGAAGGCCGAGAGGGAGCUGGAGUCGCGAGCUCGUUGGGCGCCGCCGGACGCUCUGCAGACGUGGCUGCAGCUGACGCACGAGGUGGAAGUGCAGUAUUACAACAUCAAGAAGCAGAGCGCCGAGAAGCAGCUGCUACAAGCCAGGGAAGGGGCAGAGAAGAUCAAGAAGAAGAGGAGUUCUCUAUUCGGAACCUUUCAUGUGGCUCACAGCUCCUCGUUAGAUGACGUCGACCACAAGAUUCUCUCUGCCAAACAGGCCCUUGCUGAGGUGACUGCAGCCCUGCGAGAGAAGCUGCACCGCUGGCAGCACAUCGAGUCUCUCACUGGCUUCUGUUUGGUCAACAACCCGGGUCUGGGAGCUCUGGCCGCCGCCCUCAACUUGGACCCGUCCUUCCUGGGCCUAAGACCCUCCACCCCGCAGCAUCUCCUGCUCUCCGACGAUCUCGACGACAUGGACGAGGACAUCCUGUCGCCUGGGACGCUGCAAUAUGCAGCCUGGCAGAUGGACCGAAGGGUGAGUGACCUGUGGCCUUUGAGUGGCAUCGCAGACAACCAUUCGCCAUGGAAACUCUCAGCUCAGAGUCUGAUGCCCCUGCAGCAAAGGAUGGGAGACCCAGCUGUGAAGUUCAGCUCCCAGAGAGACAUAAUGGACCGCUCAGACUCUGACUCCGCCCUCCCGCUCUCUCACAAUGAAUCCAGGAGCAUGUACGGCUCCAAGCCCCUCCUACUUGCACCUAAGCUCCACCCCCUGCAGGGUCACAGCCCCAGAUUUAGAGUGGGAGGAAGCCUUGAGAAGAGCUCAAGCCUGGGGGAGCUGAGGGGUACCUCUGCCGCCUUCCUCGCCUCCUCUUGCUCUACCCGCUCCCUCUGCAUCACGCCCGACAGCGCCGACGGCCCCGCCCUUUUCUCCUCUUGUCCGGGCUCGUCGAGCGGCGGGACGGGCAUUCACACUCCCCCGAGGUGGAGCCCCGUGGAGGAGGAGAAUGGGCGCGAGGAGAGCGAGUCGUCGGGCGAACGCAGAAGACACGCCUUCAAUAAAAUUUUCAAGAAGAAGAAGUGACAUCACAGAAGACUCACGUUUGCCUUUUAGCUCUUUGGAAAACUUCAGCCAUUUUUACACAAAAGAAAAGUCUUGCUUUACUAAGACAACUAUACAUGUCAAACUCAGAACCUCCAAUGUUGAACAGCAAAAAAAAUAAAAAGUACAAUUACGCGUUUAACCUACAUUUUCUAUACAUAUAUGCCUCAAAAGUCAAACAAACCCAUCAUUAUGUUUUGUCAGGUUUGGUUGAUGCCACCACAGAAGGACAGGAAAGGAAAAAAGUGGCGAUAACCGUAGAACAGGAAAUGGAGCUUACUGCGACACAGGAAAGGGUCUGGCUGCUAAGUGCAAAAUGAGCAGGACAGUUGCGUGUCUGACAAGCAUCUUUAAGGGCCAAUAGUUUUAACGUUCGCUUUAUGUAGUUGAAUUAUACAGUUAACUUUUUACUGUUAAGAAUGUCGUAUUGUUUGUCUGUGCGGUUUUAUAAUGGCUAUUAUUUGACUCUGGAACAGAUACAUUCACUUUACAUGUGUUGAGCAACCACCAGAAUGCUAUGUUUGACUUUGGAGGUUCCACUGCAUUGCUUUGAUUAAUUCCAUUGGAUGAAUGGACUGAAAACUUGAACUUUGUUUGCUAUUUUGAGCUGUGUCUUUAUUUUUUAUCACCAGCACAAGCGGACCAGUAAAAUAUAUCAACUACUCAUCCGAAUCUAGUUCCCACCGUUUUGAUGUUGCCAGGCAGCAGAGGGUGUAUUUAUAUACACACACAGUAAACCAUAGGUUUUGUUUGUGUGUGCAUGUCUCACAUCUAAAGCAGAAUGUGAAAUUAAAAUCAACUUGAUUUACAAAAAAAUGUAUGUAUUUAUUGUAUGUAAAGUAAAACUGAUACCCAAGAUUUCUUUAAAAUGUAUAUUUUACUAUAGGUGUUUAAAAUUAAAGUAGUUAAAGUGUUUAUUAUUAAAACAAGUA